AUGAAAAAUAAUAUCCCGAGUCUUACUGAUUCUGGUGGAGUGGAGCAUACUUCUGAAGAAGCAAAAGGUGAUAUAGCUGUACAAUACUUCACAGAACUCUUCACAUCUUCUAGACCAUCUGAUGCCACUGAGUUACUGCGAGAUUUUGUGCCGAGGGUAACAGAGCGUAUGAAUGAAAACCUGACCAAGCCAGUUACUGAUGCGGAGAUAAAGAAAGCAGCAAAAGCAAUCAAGAGUGAUAGCUCUCCUGGGGCAUAUGGCAUGACAGGGCAUUUUUUCCAGAAGUUCUGGCCUAUCAUCGGUCCUCAGAUUACCUUAGAAGUAAAGCGUUUCUUUGUGGAAGGGGUUAUUCCUCAAGACUGGAACUUCACUCAGCUUUGCUUGUUACCAAAGAAACCAAAUCCCUCUCUCAUGACAGACCUUCGACCUAUCAGUCUAUGCGCAGUCUCGUAUAAGAUCGUCUCUAGUAUUUUAUGUGCUCGGCUGAAAGGUAUUUUGCCUUUAUUGGUUUCGCCUACUCAAGGGGCCUUUGUGGCGGGAAUGCUGAUCUCCGAUAACUUGUUGACAGCUCAUGAGAUGGUACAUGGUUUAAAGACCAACCCAAACUGCAAAACGGACUACAUUGCAAUCAAAACGGACAUGUCCAAAGCGUAUGACAGAGUGGAAUGGAAUUUCUUGGAGACAUUGUUCCUGAAAAUGGGUUUUGCUAACAAGUGGAUUCAAUGGAUUAUGGGAUGCAUUCGUUCGGUUACCUACACGGUUCUUAUGAAUGGACAGACGUAUGGCAAGAUCUCACCAGAACGUGGCAUAAGACAGGGCGACCCCUUAUCUCCCUUCUUAUUUAUACUUUGCGCAGAGGCCUUAGUUCAUGUGAUGAACAGAGCAGAACUAGAGGGUAAUAUCACAGGAAUGCGACUUACAAAGCACUGCCCAUCCAUCCAACAUUUAUUAUUCGCUGAUGACAGUCUCUUUCUCUGUAAAGCGACCUUAAAGGAGUGCUCUAACUUCCUACAUUGCCUGGACUUGUAUGGAAAAGCAUCAGGACAAGAGAUCAACUUCCACAAAUCGUCAAUUACUUUUGGAGCUGCAAUUGACCCGGUGAUGAAACGUGUGAUAUCAGAAUUGCUGGAGAUUGAGAAUGAAGGUAGUGCUGGUUCCUACUUGGGUCUCCCUGAGUGCUUUAGUGGAUCGAAACAGAAGCUGCUAGCCUUUAUAAGUGAAAAACUUGGUAAAAGACUUAGUGGAUGGUAUGCCAAAACGCUUUCCCUUGGGGGAAAGGAGGUACUACUAAAGUCAAUUGCCAUGGCUCUUCCUGUUUAUGCUAUGUCUUGUUUUCGGUUAACCAAGCAUCACUGUCAAAAGAUCAUGAGCGCGAUGGCGGCUUUUUGGUGGAAUGAAAGUAGUGACAAGAGGAAAAUACAUUGGGUGUCUUGGCCAAAACUAUGUACAUCAAAAAAGAGCGGUGGUUUAGGAUUUCGUGACAUUGAAGACUUCAAUCAAGCAUUGUUGGCUAAGCAAGCUUGGAAGCUUCUGAACGAACCUGAUAGCUUACUGGCACGAGUAUACAAGGGCAGAUACUACGCUAACAAGGAUUUUCUAGAGUGUGGAAAGGGCUACAGACCAUCAUAUGCUUGGAGAAGCAUUCUUUUUGGACGAGAGCUUCUGGUGAAAGGCUUGAUUAAAUCGAUUGGCAACGGAAGGUCUACGUCAGUUUGGAGUGAAAAUUGGAUCAUGGAUAGUACCCCUCGUCGCCCUGUUCAUCGUCAACUUCUGUUUGAUGUUUCAUUGAAAGUCUCAGAGCUUAUUGACAAUUUGGGGAACUGGAAUAUUGAGAGACUAGUGGAGUUAUUUCCCCCAAAUGAAGUCCAACGAAUCAAACUAAUGACUCCAGGAGUAGUGGAUGAUUGUUACGUUUGGGCUUUCUCAAGACAUGGAGCUUAUACUGUCAAAACGGGAUAUGAUUUGAUCAUGAGAGCUAAAAAUGUCCCUGCUGAUCAGAUCUCACCGGAGGAACAAUCUCGGGUACUUUUAAAGAGAAGAGUUUGGAAGAUUUCCACCAUCCCUAAGAUUCGGAUGUUCCUCUGGAGAGCCGUCUCAGGUGCUUUAGCGGUUGCGGAUAGAUUAAACUCUAGAGGUCUCGGAGUGGACGCUAUUUGCAAGAUAUGUCAUCAUCACGCAGAAACCAUCAAUCAUGUACUCUUUCAGUGCUCAAUGGCUAAUGAGACAUGGGCAGAGACAGGUAUGGUGCUUCCGCCUGAGACAAUCCAGCGAUCCUUGGAAGAGAACCUUUCAUACAUAUUUGACUUGAUGGAGGACAACGGAAGCAAUGAAUCUUUAGUCCGCUCUAUACCUUGGUGGAACAAUGGUUCCUCUUUAACAAACCUCAACUGCGAACUACAGAGGAGAGAGCUAGAAUGGAGCAUAGCGACAAGUGGUGUCCACCAGAUGAUGGGAUCAUUAAGUGCAACAUACAUGCGAAUUGGAGGAACGCAUCAUUGCAUAUGGAUUGCAAGGGAUCAGACCGGGAAUGUCUCUCAUCAUGCACGAGACGCGAUCGUCCAUGCUCCUGACCGAAUGGUAGCUGAGUUUAGAUGCAUCAUAUGGGCUAUAACAGAUUUACGAGAUCUAGGAGUGAAAAAAGUGAUAAUGGCGUCAGACUAUUAUGAAGUAGUGGAAGCUAUUAAAGCCCCGUCUCGAUGGCCCCGUUAUAGAGACCUUUUGCAAAGAAUCAUGGGGUUUAAAGGAACUUUUGAUAGUUUGGAGUUUGAAGGAGAAAAAGCUGUUGCUAACAGUGUAACCCGAGAUAUAGCAAAGAGUGUUCUGCGAAAUGGACGGUUUCAAUCAUAUUUGGCAAUGGGAGGACCUGCAUGGCUUCAUGAUCGGAUUGCCAGAGAUGCUGUUAGAAGUGACGUUUGA